GUGGAUUGGUGAAAUUGUAAAAAGUACUGUACUAUUUUUCAGCCCUAAAUUAGUAAGUAGUAGCCAUCAUUCACCAGGAGAACCCAAACCGUAGAAUCGAACACAGCAGCAGCUUCCUCCCCCACCUAUCGCCGGCUCCGGCAACGAACGAUACGAACAGAUGCAACUAUAAAGGCUCGAGUGAUGGAGAUUGUCGCAUCAGAGUUCUUCACAACCACUCCUCCCCUUCUCACUCAAGCUGAAGAUUAUCAGCAGUCGGGUGUAUGUCAGUAUUGUGGUGGCAAAGGAUUUGAGAAUGCUUUUGUUUAUUGCAUCACGUGCCUGAGUUUUGCUGUCCACAGGUACUGUUUGCCUGUAUUGCCGAAAACCUUCGAUGAGUUUGUCCGUUGGUAUUGUGAGGAUUGUGAACCAAAGUCUGCAAACCAUUCUCCUCCUGAGAACCCUUGCUCUAGCCCAUCCAGAAGCCCAUCCAGAAGAACAGAUCACUUAAUUUCCAAAGGUGUUCGAGUGAAAAAGUCCAAAAAAAAAUUGAAGAAAAAGAAUGUCUCUCUCUCGGUGCCCCAAACAAAGGACCAAGGACAACAACGUAGCCCCUCACAACCACCUUCUGACGCUAAAACAAAGCUUGACUGCACUGCGCAUGCACUACAAAGUAGCCUCUCCCAGGAGGAUUCUGAUGCACGCACACAGGUUCAAUUGACUGAGCAUGCUCAGUUGGCAAGUGAUUGUUCUGACCGAAAUCAUAUAUUGAAGGGGAAGGAAAAUACUGUUGCACCUUUAGUCAAUGAGACGGAGGAGCAGAAACGUCAAAGUAGCCCCUCGGAGCAACCUUGUGAGGCACAGACAGGGCUUGAGUUGUGUGUUGCCAGUUGUUCUCCCCUGACGACUAUGCAGCAUUCAAUGGCUGAGACAGAGGAGCAAUUACUAGACAACUCCUCUGAGGAACCUUGUGAGGCACAGACAGAGCUUGCAUCACGUGUCGCCAGUUAUUCUCCCGUGAAUGAGAACACGACUAUGCAGCCUUCAGUUGCUGAGACAAUGGAGCAGAUAUGUGAGAGUAGCCCCUCUCAGCAACCUUGUGAGGCAAAAACAGAGCUUGCUUUGUGUGUUGUUGGUCCUACUCCCCUGAAUGACACAAUUCAACCAUGCAGUGAGAACUAUGGAAAUGGGUUGCAACUUGGAAAGAGAAGAAGAUUUCCCGUAGAGGGUGGCAGUGAAUUUGGCAACGAGGCUGAGUUAGUUAAAAUUGAUGAUUCUAAAACAACCACGGGUGAUUUAUCACAUACCUUGGAAAAUAACUACCAUCUCCAUGCACAACCUGUUAGUGAUCGCAUUUGGAGGGGAAGUUUUAGUAUUCGCAAGAAAAUUUUUGGCAUUUUUGACGGAGUUGUGGCCCAUUUGUCAAGCAAAGCGUGCCAAAAAGUGUGCAAGGUGGCUGCUUUGUUACCGGCAGUACUUUACUUGGAGAUGCUUCCGAAGAGUGCUUUGUGGCCUGAGAAUUUCCAGAAAUCAGAACCAUCUGAUGAACAUAUCGGACUAUAUUUCUUUGCCGAAAGCAAAUGGUACGAAUGGGUUUUCGACUGCUUGGUGGAUGAUAUGAUUGACCAAGAUCUUGCCAUGAGAGCCAGUGUAAAAAAUGCAGAGCUCUUGGUUUUCCCUUCUGCCGAACUGCCCCUACAGUACUGGAAGUUCCAGGGCAAGUAUUACUUGUGGGGAGUGUUCCGGAAAAAGCAAGAUUCCUCUUUCCAUCUAGCAGAUCAGGGUCUUCAAGUUGAAAAGGGCAACACUGAACUUGUUGUGUAUUCCAAUUCAGAAAAUGGUGUGGACACAGGAGACGAGAGGAAUCUCUCACUGACCAAGACUCGGGACGCCCAGAGUCCUCGAAGUCCUCUAAGCAACAGUUGUAGGUCAGGGCCUGGCCCUUGUUGAUGUGACAAGUUAAUUGAACUUUGAAUCAUUUUUUUGAGUUGUAGUUCUGUGGCCUGACAAUACGACUACGAGUGAGGCGACUAUGAUUGGGAUGCGGAACUGCAAUAUGAAGAUUGAUGAUACUGGAACGCCAGCAACACCUAUCAACAGGUAUAUGAAUGAACUAAUGUGGAAAAUGGGAUACGAAGCAUCCAUUGGGAAUCUUUUUGAGAACGAACAAACGCUGAUUGUUCAAUGAGUGCUGAUCAGUGUUCUAGCAUAAAACCCUAGGAGGAGCACUGAAGCCUGGAAGUGAGGGAUAAUGCACGUUUUGGAACAGACCCGUGGUGUAAAUGGAGAUUGCUGAUGUGUGCAUGUCAAAAAGGUUGGAGGGAGGGAGGGAUGACUGGUGGGGUUGAUUUUGUUAUUCCUGUGCUUUUAUGAUGAUGUACAUCUUUUUGUCGUGUAUAUUUUGAAUUAUCGAAUAUCAAAGGUAGUUAGUGAUUCUUAAACGUAUUCGUGAGCUAUUGAUGUGGGGGAGAAACUAAAAGCGCAUUCUGGGAAUUUAGCCUGGCAUCCCUUCCACCACAAUGGGAUUUCUGUCCGGGAACAUCAUGUCUCUCCUUGUCCC